AGCUUUGUCUUUUUACAUCCGGGACAUUCCCUUCCCCCUUCUUCUCCAGGACGGCCAUUUUGUCUGUAGCGUGGUCAGGGUGUUUUCGCACAUUUCUCGGGAUUUUCUCCCCCAAAUAAAACUGUUUUCUCCUUUAAUCCUGUGUGUAGAUGUUGCUUGGGUCGGAAUUUGUGUGUUAGGUGUGUUUUGUUGUUUCCAAUGAUGUCUGGAGCGGGCGAUGGCGGGCUGGGAAAGGAGCAGGGCUACAUCCCUGACCGUGUCAAGAAAGCAGAGAAGAGAAUCGAAGCGAACGCGUUUGAUGUAGAUGCAUGGAGUGUAUUGAUACGAGAGGCCCAGAACCAGAAUAUCGACAAAGCGCGGGGAACGUACGAGCGACUGGUGGGACAGUUUCAGACUGCAGGGCGCUACUGGAAGAUAUACAUUGAGGCUGAGAUGAAAGCCAGGAACUAUGAAAGAGUUGAAAAGUUAUUCCAGCGAUGUCUGAUGAAGGUGUUGAACAUUGACCUGUGGAAGUGUUACCUGAACUAUGUCAGAGAGACCAAGGGCAGUCUGCCAUCUUACAGAGAAAAGAUGGCACAGGCAUAUGACUUUGCUCUAGACAAGAUGGGGAUGGACAUCAUGUCAUACCAGAUCUGGAGUGACUACAUUUCUUUCUUGAAAGGAGUGGAGGCGGUAGGUUCGUACGCAGAGAACCAGCGAAUCACAGCGGUGCGUAGAGUUUACCAGCGAGGCUGUGUCAACCCCAUGGUCAACAUAGAACAGCUGUGGAGGGAGUACAACCAGUAUGAGACUGGCAUCAACCCCAUCAUAGCCAAGAAGAUGAUAGAAGAUCGCAGUAGGGACUACAUGAACGCCAGACGGGUCGCUAAGGAGUAUGAAGCUGUAACCAGAGGUCUGAACCGGAACAUGCCGUCCAUUCCACCUACUGGUACACCAGACGAAGUCAAACAGGUUGACCUUUGGAAAAAGUACAUCAAUUGGGAGAAGAGCAAUCCACUGAGAACAGAGGACCACGCUGUCAUCGCAAAGAGAGUAAUAUUUGCGUACGAGCAGUGCAUGUUGUGCCUGGGCCACCGACCUGACAUCUGGUAUGAGGCUGCAAAGUACCUGGAGGAGUCCAGCAAGCUCCUGUCUGAGAAGGGGGACUUGAAUGCAGGUAAGAUGUUCAGUGAUGAGGCAGCGGCCAUGUAUGAGAGAGCCAUCUCCACGCUACUCAAGAAGAACAUGAUGCUGUACUUCUCCUACGCUGACUUUGAAGAGAAUCGAAUGAAGCAUCAGAAAGUCCAUUCCAUCUACAACAAGCUUCUGGGCAUAGAUGACAUCGACCCAACACUGGGUUAUAUCCAGUACAUGAAGUUUGCCAGGAGAGCAGAAGGCAUCAAGUCUGCCCGGAGCAUCUUUAAGAGAGCCAGAGAAGACAGCCGGUCCAAGUAUCAUGUCUAUGUGUCCGCUGCACUCAUGGAGUACUUCUGUAGUAAGGAUAAGAGCAUAGCCUGUAAGAUUUUUGAGCUGGGUCUGAAGAAGUACAGUGACAGUGCAGACUACAUCCUGCAGUACCUGGACUUCCUGUCACAUCUUAAUGAGGACAACAAUACUCGUGUGCUGUUUGAAAGGGUGCUGACUUCAGGGGCUCUUCCUGUGGACAAACAAGGUGAGAUCUGGGCCAAGUUCCUGGAGUUUGAAUGCAGUAUCGGUGACCUUUCCUCUGUCCUGAAGGUCGAGAAAAGACGGAGAGACAUCUUCAAAGAGGAGUUUGAGGAUCGUGAAACGUGUCUUCUGGUGGACAGAUACAAGUAUCUCGACCUGUUUCCCCUGUCUACUUCAGAACUCAAGGCUGUGGGCUUCAAACUACGACCUACUGCCGCUGACAUGGUGACAGGUGCUGAGAUGCCUGCAGCCGUCCUACCAGAGAUUGACGAGUUUAAGAAACCUGAGUACCCAAAACCUGCCACUGAUCAGAUGCUGCCCUUUAAGCCCAGAGCUCUGGCUCCUCCUGGGAUGCACCCUGUUCCUGGUGGUGUGUUCCCCAUGCCAAUCCCAGCAGUCUCUCUGCUCAACCUCAUGCCCCCUCCAACCUGCUUCCAUGGUCCCUUUGUUAACAUUGAUGACUUGGUGAAGACUUUUGAGACCUGUGCAUUGCCAGAAGAUCCCUCUCAACUGUUAGACAAGAUGUGCAAUGGAGAAGAGACCUCCAACCCAAAGUUGUUCCCGAUCCCGCUGCAAAAUUCUGACUCCGCGAAGAAGGGCCAGAAACGUCCCGCGGACAACGAAGCCAAGGAAGAGUCCGAUGACGAAGACAACGUUGCGCCGCCCGCUCACGAUAUCUACCGCAGCCGACAGCAGAAACGCGUCAGAUAGAAGUCAAAACGUCAAUCAAACUAGCAAUUCUUUUAGUGCUGUGUACCGGUUCGCUGGAACUAGUUCCGAACUUGUAAAAAUGGUUCAGGUUCAAGUAAAAAAAAACCUGAACGUCUGGAACCCAGGUCCGGGCUUACAAGUCGAGACCUAAACCUAAACCUCUGAACUUGAAUCCGGACCUAAACAUGAGUUACAUGAGUUUAGGUACACAGCACUAAAUUCUUUUGUUAUUAGUAUGGUGAUAUGUUUUAGAUUCUUCCAUUGUAUCUGUAUGCCAAGAGACAGUACUCUGACAGUGAAUUUGUAAAAUAUUAGCAGUAUUAUUUCAUGUAGAAUGAUGAAUCACUUCAACAAUAUUAACCUUUGCAAAACAUGCUGAGCCAGAAAAGAAAAUAAGGAGAAAAUGACAGUUUGGAAAAGACCAGAUUCUAUAGGUCUCUAGGUGGUUUUCUUGGACAAGUUUAACUGUACAUGUAAGCUUCAUUUUGUUACAUUUUUAGUCAUUCCUUUUGUUCCCCCCGAUAUUUUUUUCUAUGACUAUGACUUUCAAAUGACUAUGAAAAAAUGGUAUGAAAAACAUUCUUGGCAUUCUGGUGUUCAUGUACACACGAUUAUAAAUAUCAUGGUGACAGGGAAUCAGAUAUGCAUGCUUUAGACAGUACCCUUUAUCUUGUCAUGCCAUCCUUUAUCUUGUCAUGCCAUCUUCAGUCCCAUCUAAUGACAGAUCUUUGACCCAUCUUCCUAAGUAAGGAAGGCUAAACACUUAAGAUAAAAGCCUAGAAAUAUACUUACUAACUUGUGUACCUGGAAGGUAGUAUAAUUAUUGUAGAUGUCGAUUUUGGAGAAUUUCAUUCUAUGAUCUGCCAUGUAAAAUAUCACUUCUGUUAUUAAAUGUACAUAUUACAUGUAUUAACCAACUAACAACCGCACUUCCAAGGCAAAACUUUCCACGUCUUUAUUUUUGUAGAAGGAUACAGAAUCAAGUCACAUUCAUGUUUAGAGUUAGGUUUGUUUUCAAGUUCAUCUUGUUUAUAAUUGUUAAAGUUUUGUUAUCAUUUGAACAUAUGCAGACCUUUAAUUCAGCAUUAAUUCUAAAUGGACACGGUUUUGCAUACAACGUAGGAAAAAAUUCACAUAUCUUGGAUAGAAAUGGUAGAAUAUUCAAUCUGUACCUACUUGUAAUAUUUCGAACGCUCUAAUAUUUCUCCGUAGCAGUUAUGUGUCAUCUUUCAAAAACCAUAAAAAGAAGGUUAUGACACAUCUACAAUAUCGAUCUGCGUUUGAUAACUGUUGUAGAUUGCGGGUAUCAAGUCGAAAGUUGGAAAUACACUUCGAAAGGCAUUUGAUAACAAAUUUCUUUAAGCUAUGUAUGUUUUCCACAAUGUACAUUCAAUAAGCAAUGGUGCAUUGGUUUUAAUGUUACAUGAUGCCAAGGUGUUUGCCUCUAUUCUACUCCAAGCAUCUUUCACUGUGUCAAAUGGUCAAGUUUAACUGUUGUACAUGAUAUAAUAAAGUUACAUACACUUGUA